CCCGCCCCGCGCCGGCUUUGCUGGGCCCCGGAGCUCCCCUGGCGCGCGGCUGUCCCCGCCCCGCCUCGCGGGGGAACCUCCCGCUGCUCACCGCCGCCCUGCCCGGCCCCGGGUGGGCCCGGGGCUCCGACCCUGGGGUUCGUGUCCCGCCCCUGGUGCUCGGAGCUCGGCAGCUGAGCCCCCGCCUCCAGGGGAACGCGCACAGGCUGCUCUGAGCUGUUGCUUUGAGCCCCCGUUUCUGCCGCUGUGCCUUCGUUUAAUGGUGUCAGCUGUUCUUACGGUCCGGGCAGUGAAGCUGCCCGCAGGAGGUCGGCAGCAGGGAAUGGCUGUGGUUCCGUGGGGGUUUCUCGUCCUGCACACCGCAGGGAGCGGUGUCUCCUUGGGCAGCAGCUGUGCCUUGGCCACGCUGCUGUUCUUUUGCAGUCGCUUUGCACGGCGGCUCCUGCCAACGUUGCUUUGGGCAGCAACGGACAGGGGUGUUUGCUGCCCGAGAUUCCAGCCCUGAGCACCGAGAGCACAGCCCCUGUGCCUUCUGUGAUGGGAAAAGAGCUGGGGAGGCAAUCGCCCUGCCCAGUGCUGAGGGUCUCUGUUGGGAAGUGGCUCAGGGGGGAUUGGCUGUGUUGGUGCAGAGCUGUUUCAGAAACUGAAGCGCUCUGAGGAAUCUGGGUCUUCUGAGCACGAGGAGUGGCCCAGAAGUGAGGUGAGGAACGAGAAGGUGAUUGGAGAGAAACAGCGUUCAGAGGGUGAGCAACAUAUGGUGUGCGCAGAUGGGGAGGCUGUGGGAAUGGCCAGGCAUGAGCAGCGAGGUGCACAGCGUUGCUCUAAGCAAAAAAGGAAAAGCGUCAGUGUGGGAGGCACGGUUUCUCCCUUAUGAUGGAAAAUACAGUGAAUUGUGACAGCCUUUGGAAGGGCAAAUGCAGAACUCCUCAGAGAUGCCGGAGACCAUUACCAGCCGAGAUGCUGCUCGUUUUCCCAUUGUUGCCAGUUGCACCCUUCUGGGCCUCUACCUCUUCUUUAAAAUAUUCUCUCAAGAGUACAUCAAUCUUCUGCUUUCUAUGUAUUUCUUUGUGCUGGGGAUCCUCGCCCUGUCCCACACCAUCAGCCCCAUGAUGAACAGAUUCUUCCCUGCAAAUUUCCCCAACAAACAGUACCAGCUCCUCUUCACCCAGGGCUCCGGGGAGAGUAAGGAAGAAAUAGUGAAUUAUGAGUUUGACACCAAGGAUCUCGUAUGCCUGGCCCUGAGCAGUGUUGUAGGGGUCUGGUACCUGCUGAGGAAGCACUGGAUUGCCAACAAUCUCUUUGGGCUGGCGUUUUCCCUCAAUGGAGUGGAGCUGCUGCACUUGAACAACGUCAGCACUGGCUGCAUCUUGCUUGGGGGGCUCUUCAUCUACGACGUCUUCUGGGUUUUUGGUACCAACGUGAUGGUGACGGUUGCCAAAUCAUUUGAGGCCCCAAUAAAACUGGUUUUCCCUCAGGACCUGCUGGAGAAGGGCCUGGAGGCUGACAACUUUGCCAUGCUGGGGCUGGGAGACAUUGUCAUUCCAGGGAUCUUCAUCGCCUUGCUGCUGCGCUUUGACAUCAGCUUAAAGAAGAACACGCACACGUAUUUCUACACCAGCUUUGUGGCCUACAUCUUUGGGCUGGGCCUGACAAUAUUCAUCAUGCACAUCUUCAAGCAUGCCCAGCCUGCUCUUCUGUACCUGGUCCCCGCGUGCAUCGGAUUCCCGCUUCUUGUGGCCUUGGCAAAAGGAGAAGUAACCGAAAUGUUCAGCUAUGAGGAGAGCUCUACCCCCAAGGAGGCGCCGAAGGCCUCCAAAGAGGAGACAACAGAAGCUGACAAGAAAGAGAAGUGACCUUGCCCAUGGACCAGCCCUGGCGCCGCUGGGCUGGGGCCCUUCCAGACCCUUUGCAAGCGACAGACGAAACAGUUGUGCCAGAGCAUCGUGUUGUGUGUGUUGGAGCAGCCGCCCAGGUGGGGGUAUUGAUGUACACCACAUAUCCACCCCUCCCGCUGCCCCCCGGGGCCGCGCAGCCACGCUCCCCUUUGCUUUGUCUCCUCCACGAGUGCGAAGCAGGCAGGGGACAAACCACAGGCCGGUUUUUAAAUUUUGUAUUGUGCAUUUGCUUUCUCUCAUAUUAAACCAUCUCAAAGGAA